AGAGGUCGAACAGGAGAAGUGUGAGCCGCAGUCAGGUGUGAGCCACUGAUUGAGAGACAGCUGUUUGUGCUGAAUGUGUGGUUGGAUCAUGCUGUGGACCGCUGCUGUCUGUCUGUGUCUGUGCGUUUGCUCUCUGGCGGGUCCCAUCCCGGUACGCCGUGGAGUGUCUGAGCACAGCAAACUGCUGCUUGUCUCCUUUGACGGCUUCAGGUGGGACUAUGACAGGGAUGUGGACACGCCGCACCUGGACGCCAUGGCGAAAGACGGGGUCAAAGCCACAUACGUGACACCGGCAUUCCUCACCGUCACCAGCCCGACACACUUUACCAUCCUAACAGGUAAAUACAUUGAGAAUCACGGUGUCAUUCACAACAUGUGGUUUAACAGCAGCACCUGGGAGAAGAAGUCCUACUACAAGUCCCAGUUUGUGAAUGAGUGGUGGGACAACGGGAGUUUGCCCAUAUGGAUCACUGCUCAGAGACAGGAUCUCAAAGCUUCUUCUGUCUAUGCAUAUUAUGACCAAGAUAUGUUAAGCUCCAAACAAGUGGAGUCUGAUUAUUACAAUUACAGCAACGAAACGGCCUGGCAAGAGAACAUAGACAAAGUGAUGAAGUUCUGGUUCAGGGAGCAGGACCUGGACUUCGUGUCCAUGUACUUCGGUGAACCUGACAGCACGGGACACAAGUAUGGGCCGGACUCCCCCCAGCGCAGGGCGAUGGUCCAACAGGUGGACCGUACAGUUGGUUACCUGCGGAGCGCGGCUGAGAAAAAUGGCCUGAGUGAGCGCCUCAACAUCAUCAUCACGGCCGAUCACGGCAUGAGCACCGUCUACCGCAACGGGCUGGUGGAUGAGAUCGUCCUGUCCAAGAUCCCCGGCUUCUCUUUCAGAGAUCUGGACUUCCAUAUAGUGGACUUCGGACCUGCGGGACUCCUGCUGCCUAAAGAAGGACGACUUGAUAAAGUGUUCAACGCCCUGAAAGGUGCUCACCCGCAUCUACAUGUCUAUAAGAAAGAGGAGAUUCCCGCUCACCUGCAUUACUCCCAUAAUGACCGCAUAUUACCCAUCAUCCUCUGGGCCGAUCCAGGAUACGUCAUCAAUGGGUAUUUCCCAGUGCAGUUUCAUAAGGGGGAGCAUGGCUAUGAUAACCAGGCUCUGGACAUGAAGCCGUUCUUCAGGGCCACGGGGCCGGAUUUCCAAAAGAACCUGGAGGUGGGGCCGUUUGAAACGGUCAACAUUUACCCGCUGAUGUGCCACCUGCUGAAAAUCACACCUGAACCCAACGACGGACACCUGAACGCCACACGACACAUGCUGACCUCCUCCAUACAGACAGAGAAUGAAGGCUCGUCUGGUGAUGAUAUUCUCAGCAGUGUUUUCAUUGGUCUGGGAUCAGUCGCUGGUUUUCUGGUCAUUGUCUUUGUUGUUCUCUUAAGUCGUGGCAUUCACAAACGCAGGAGGAACAAAAGCAGGUCCACAGAUGAGGGCGAAAUUGUCAAGUGUCACGCUGAAACAAAACAAACAACAUUUUAGAACGAGGAAUCCAGAGGAAGACACACACACACACCAACAUUUUAUAGUAGAAACAAUAUUAUUGUUGCUGUCUGUUAAUUUAUCAAAAUCACUUGUUUUGUUUUUUUCAAUGUCAUUUUAUAUUAAAUACAUUUUUUAUUUUGUCAUUUGAAGUAUUUUUGACUAAUGAAAGGGAAACUGUAUUAUUGUUAUCAUUA